CUCUCGCUGACAGUGGGCCAUCGGACCCACCUGUCAUCCCUGCCGAUGCGACCUCAACGGCACGCCUGCUUGUGCGUCUCCCUGGAAGCCGUUUGGUUCCGAUUCGUGCCCUGCGCCCAUGCCAUUCGUCUCGCUCCGCCGCGCAAUUGAUUUGAAUCGAGGCAUCGGCGCAUCGCCCGGCUUCCGAUCUUACCGGCGGCGAGUCGACGCCGCCUACCUCCCCGUCCUCCUCUCCAGCCCCCUGCUCAACAGGCGCGCGGCCCCGAACCUCCUCGCCGCAUAGCCCGCAGCUCCUCGGCCCAGGCCAGGCGCCGCUCUUCAACCCCGUGGAGCCCCGUCCUCUCCGGCAUCCCAGCCGCUUCACUGAACGUUCGUCCGUCGUCCACCGCCCGCCUUCCCAGAACCGUCACCAGCCCCGGCGCCCGUGACUCUGCCGUCGGCAAUCUCUGCUCCAUCGACUCCGACCGACCUACCCCUGCGUUGACGGCCAACCGCCCACGGCCGGAGCGGACUGCCCUCCUCAGCGGAUCUGAAGAUUUCCAACGCAAUGGAUCGGCAAAAGCACAGGAUACUGAUGGUGUCCGACUUUUUCUUCCCAAACUUUGGUGGUGUUGAAAGCCACAUCUACUAUUUGUCCCAAUGCCUGCUUAAGCUUGGCCAUAAGGUUGUUGUCAUGACACAUGCAUAUGAAAACCGAUCUGGAGUACGUUAUGUCACAAAUGGUUUAAAGGUUUAUUAUGUACCGUGGAGACCAUUCCUGAUGCAGAAUACACUGCCUACAUUAUUCUUGACUUUUCCAGUUGUAAGAACCAUUAUCAUACGUGAGAGGAUUUCUGUCGUGCACGGACAUCAGGCUUUUUCUACAUUGUGCCAUGAAGCAUUGAUGCAUGCCAGGACGAUGGGGUACAAAGUUGUCUUCACAGAUCACUCACUUUAUGGUUUCGCUGAUGCUGGAAGCAUUCACAUGAAUAAGGUGCUGCAGUUUACUCUUGCCGAUAUUGAUCAGGCAAUAUGUGUUUCUCAUACAAGCAAAGAGAAUACUGUACUGAGGUCUGGGAUAUCUCCGGAGAAAGUUUUUAUGGUUCCUAAUGCUGUUGAUACUGCAAUGUUUACUCCCUCCCCUGAGCGCCUAAGCUGUGAUGAAAUAGUUAUUGUAGUGAUCAGUAGGUUAGUGUACCGAAAAGGUGCAGACCUUCUUGUGGAAGUAAUUCCAGAAGUAUGCCGUCUAUUUCCAAAGGUUCGCUUUAUCAUUGGAGGUGAUGGUCCAAAACGUGUGCGACUUGAAGAGAUGAGGGAGAAGUUCUCCCUUCAGGAUAGAGUUGAAAUGUUAGGAGCUGUGCCUCAUGCUCAAGUACGGUCAGUUCUGAUCUCUGGUCAUAUAUUUUUAAACAGUUCACUUACGGAGGCAUUUUGUAUUGCCAUUUUAGAAGCAGCUAGCUGUGGACUGUUGACUGUAAGCACUAGAGUUGGAGGUGUCCCAGAGGUUCUUCCAGAUGACAUGAUAGUACUUGCAGAACCAGCUCCAGAAGAUAUGGUAAGAGCUGUUAGGAAAGCUAUUGACAUGCUGCCUGGAAUAAAUCCUCAAGUUAUGCAUCUUCAGAUGAAAAAACUUUAUAGUUGGGAUGAUGUGGCCAAAAGAACAGAGAUUGUUUAUGAUCGUGCAGUGCAAUCCUUGACAACAAAUUUGCUAGACCGCCUUCCCCAAUAUCUCACUUGUGGAGUUUGGGCGGGAAAACUGUUUUGCCUGGUUAUGAUAAUCAAUUACCUACUAUGGUGCCUUCUAGAAUUCUUACAGCCAGCUGAAGGUAUUGAAGAAGUCCCAGAUAUAGGACCACUACAGGCUCGUUUAGAUUCAAGAGAUGAUUUAUGAAGUUUGGAGAAAGUGAGUUAAGAAGCAAGAAGUGAACCUACUCAGAAUUUUUUUUCAAUGUUUCUAAAAGAAAGGACACCAUUCCUCAUUGUGGGAAUUUUUUUCAUGGUGGUUAGAGCCUCAGAAGCAGACAUAUCUGAAUGUAUAGUUGGGUUGGCAAGUUAACUCUAUCAGCCACAGGGUUUUUUUCCC